AUGGCAGACCCAAACCUUCCAGCAAAUAACGCCAGCGAUACCAAACGUCAAAACUGCCAAAUGCGCACAGUGCCUGAACUUGUGCGAUUCAAUAAACACACGAAGGAGGAUUACUACACUCCUAAGAUGGUUUCCUUUGGCCCUUAUUACCAUGGCUUGCCAGAACUUCGCAUUGCAGAAGAACUCAAGCGUAAAGUCCUUGAGGAAUUUGUUUCAAGCACCUGCAUAAAAUCACUCGAGAACCAGAUCUUAGGAGUGAUCGACCAGAUCAGAAAUCGCUACGUUGGGGUUUCUAAAAUUGCAUAUGAUGAUAAAGAACUAGCAGAAAUGAUGCUUCUAGAUGCAUCUUUCGCUAUUUAUAUCAUGAAGAUUGAAUUGGGAUGCAGCGAAACAUUCGAACACUCCCGUUGGCAUCUUGGAAUAGCUGCAACGCCAUGUUUAUCCGAGGAUCUGAUUUUAUUCAAUAAUCAAAUUCCACUCCUGGUUAUUAAGCUCUUGUGUGAUUUAAUGCAUGGAAGUCGAUGCACUUUAAUUUAUGACUUCUUAAGUUUCUUUAUUUUUAGGAAGAAAGAGCUAAUAAGAAGAAUUCCUGGAGAAGACGAAUGGCAACCACUGCACCUUUUGGAUGCUUCUUAUCAACUACUUGUCAAACACGGGAAUGAAACAACCCAAGAAAAUUCAAAUGAAUACGAUCGUCAAUCUCUUUCAGUCACCGCACUCAAAGCAAAGGGCAUCCACUUCAAACCUAGUUCAUAUAGUUUGAAGGAUAUUAAGUUCGAAUCCUUCAAAUUUUAUGGGCAACUUCAACUCCCGAUUUUCUUUUUUAAUGCUAAUUCCAAGCUAAGAUUUACGCAAAUGAUUGAACAUGAAAUGACUCUAGAAGAAGAGUAUGACUUUACUUUUUUAUGUUAUGUUAAUUUCAUGAAGUCGCUCAUUGUUAAAUCUGAAGAUGUUAAGGAACUGCGAGAAAAGAAGAUACUCUUCAGCGACCUCGACAGUGAUGAACAGAUUGUGGAAGUAAUCAAAGGGAUUGAUACUCACAGACUUGGAACUGACUUCCUUUUUGAUGAGGAGAAGAAGAAAAUUGUGAAGCACUGCAGCAGCAAGGCAAAAACAUGUAUUGCUGAACUAUUUCACACUCAUUUUCGCAGUCUGUGUGUGCCAAAUUAUGUUCUUCAAGUUUUAGUUGAGUGUAAGAUCCUGUGGGCUCAUGGGGCUCAUGGGCUGGUUUGUCUUCCAGUAUUGGGUCAGUUUGUCUUCCUAUUAAUUCCUUCAAGUAUUGUAUUGGGUCACUAG